UCUGGACCGCCGCUUCCAGCGCCCCGCGCGGGCCCCCAAAUCCAGCUCUCUCGGCCUGCCAGGGACCGAGAUGUGGGGAAAGCAGUGUGCUGAGAACUCAGUCUGGAGAGAGCGCUGCUUUCCUGCCCAUGGGGGUACGUGGUUUCCAGGUAACCUGCAGUACUCUCAUUUGGCUUUGUCUCCUGGCAUCCCAACCUGGACACAAGCUGUGGAGUUGAGUCGUGUUCAGCUACGCUCUGUGGAGAUACAGAGAGAAUUUUGGGUCUCCGGCACCGAUCCUGUUGUGAGUUCCUGUAAAAUCUUUCCGUUCUUGGAGAUUGGACAAGAGAUCUCAGGCCCUCUCUCAACUCGUUUGCUUGCUGCCGUGGCCUUGGUGGCACCCCCCCUCGGUGGUCAGCCCAGGGCUCCCCCAGCCCAUGCAGUCCCCUGCUACCUUUGCCGAGGGUAGCCCCCACUUUGGGGCCUACCCACUCCCUACCUUCAAGUUCCAGCCUCGCUCUGAGAGUGUGGACUGGAGGCGCAUCAGCGCCCUGGAUGUGGAGCGCGUGGCACGGGAGCUGGAUGUGGCCACGCUGCAGGAGAACAUCACUAGUGUCACCUUCUGCAAUUUGGACCGGGAGGCGUGCAGCCGCUGCGGACAGCCUGUGGACCCGGUGCUGCUCAAGGUGCUGCGCUUGGCUCAGCUCACCAUCGAGUACCUGCUACACUGCCAGGACUGCCUGAGUGCCAGCGUCGCCCAGCUUGAGGCACGGCUGCAGGCCAGCCUGGGCCAGCAGCAGCGAGGCCAGCAGGAGCUGGGUCGCCAGGCCGACGAGCUCAAGGGCGUGCGGGAGGAGAGCCGCCGGCGUCGCAAGAUGAUCGGCACCUUGCAGCAGCUGCUCCUGCAGACGGGGGCCCAUGGCUACCACACGUGCCACCUGUGUGACAAGACGUUCAUGAAUGCCACCUUUCUCCGGGGCCACAUCCAGCGCAGGCAUGCGGGCAUGACGGAAGGUGGGAAGCAGAAGAAGCAGGAACAGCCAGUGGAAGAGAUACUGGAGGAGCUCCAGGCCAAGCUGAAAUGGACCCAAGGGGAGCUAGAAGCCCAGAGGGAGGCCGAGAGACACCGGCAGCUACAGGAAGCAGAAAUUGCUCGUCAGAAGGAAAUAGAUGCUAAGAAAGAAUUUGAUGAAUGGAAAGAAAAAGAGCGGGCCAUACUAUAUGAGGAAAUAGACAAGCUAAAAAAAUUAUUUUGGGAUGAAUUUAAAAGUGUUGCCAACCAUAACUCUACUCUAGAAGAGAAACUGCAGGCAUUGCAGUCCCACAGUGUGAUGGAGUCCAACCUCGGGUCACUACGGGACGAAGAGUCUGAGGAGCGACUCAGGCAGACUCAGGAGCUCCGGGCCCUGAAGGAGAAGAUGGAAAUCCAGAAAACGGAAUGGAAGAGAAAAAUGAAGGAACUGCAAGGGGAGCAUGCAGCCCAGAAGCGAGAGCUGCAGGAGCAGAAUGAGAGGCUCCAGGCCUCCCUGUCUCAGGAUCAGAGGAAAGCAGCCGCCCAGGCCCAGCGCCAGAUCAAUGCCCUCCGUGCCCAGCUCCAGGAACAAGCCAGGCUCAUCACUUCCCAGGAAGAGAUGAUCCAGACCAUGACUCAGAGGAAGGAGGAGGGGAUCCGCAAGGGCCCGAAGGCCGUGGACACAGAGGAGGACUCUUCCGAGGAAGAGCUGGAGGACUCCCGAGAUGGACAGCAGAAGGUGCUGGCAGCUCUGAGGCGAAACCCCACCCUGCUGAAGCAGUUCAGGCCCAUCCUGGAGGACACCCUGGAAGAGAAGCUGGAAAGCCUGGGGAUAAAGAGAGAUGCAAAGGGAAUCCCCUUUCAAACUCUCAGACACCUGGAGUCCUUCCUGAGAGCCCACCGGGAGCAGAAGGCACGGAGGUUUUCUGAAUUUCUGAGUCUGAGGGAAAAGCUUGUCAAGGAGGCCACCAGCAGAGUGAUGGAGAGACAGAGACACAGGGUCCCGGCGUCUCAGCCGGACAGGAAGGCUCCAGUCAAAAGCCAGCAGAACCCACUGGCCAUCCAAGAGGCCCAGCCAAAGCCCAGGACCCUGCAUGUGGCAUCACCAUCCAAGCCAGCAGAGCCACCCACGACAACUCUUCAGAGCCGCAGCAGCCGAGGCCCUGGCCUGGCUCACAUGUCCACCCCUACUCCACGCCCCAGAGCACGUGGACCGUCCGGCAGCCCUGCUUCCCCAGGGCCCGGGCCAAGUACGCCCCCGUUCAGUUCUGAAGAGGACUCGGAGGGAAACUCCAUGCAGCGGACAUCUCUCCAGCCCCUGCGAGGUCCUUCCAGGAUGGGGCCCCGGCCAGAGGACAGCUGUGACUGGUCUGACACAGAGGCCUUGGACGGGAGUGCCCAGCCCCCUGACAAGGGCUCAGGUGGCCUGGCUUCCUCGGGAACACUGGUGCAGUCGCUGGUCAAAAACCUUGAGAAACAGCUGGAGGCUCCAGUGAAGAAGCCCGCCGGAGGGGUCAACCUGUUCUUAAUGCCCAGCGCUGGCCUGGGGAAGGCUCCCGUGCAAGGAAGGACGCCUCAGCUUUCAGACGAUGAGAGUGACUUGGAGAUCUCUUCCUUGGAAGAUCUCCCCCAGGACCUGGGCCAGAGAGAAGAACCGAAGCCCCUGUCUCGUUCGAAGCCGCCGGAGAAGUUUGGCAGCAGCCCUUGGAGCCCUGGCCGGCCCAGGGUCCCUGGCUGGUGAUCCCCCACCAGAGCCUGGCUGGGGCCAGCUCAGGGGCCCUCCCCUAACACAAGAGGCUGCUGGGCCUCUCGUGUCUUCACGAGACCAAGACGUCUUCUCUGGAGAGAAGCAGAGCAGAAGGUGGAUAUGAUUUCUCCUCUCUUGCCUGUGAGGACGGGUUCUGCUUGAGAGCUCCAGCGGUGCCUGACUGGGUGCCCCCGGCUCCUGUGGUUCGAGAAAGGGUUAUUUACAAUGAGCUCUUACCUCCUCCCACCUCCAUAUUCACUCCAGACUGAAGGAGCCACUUGACCUUCAGGGCGUGUUGUCAAUCUGUGGGAUUGCUGUGGAGAGGAGUCUUAGAUGGUGUCCUUUUGGGGAUUCGUAUGCCUCAGGCAGUCAUUCAGUGGUUGAUCCAAAGUCACGUACAGAGUGCUUGCUCUGGGCCAGGUCCUCCAGGCUCUCCCUACCGUGUUGGGGUGCUGGCAGAGGCGAGUGGGGCAGAAGUACCGGGUAGUAGUCUAGAGACAGAGAUUAGGUGUUAUGGAAAAUAGCGAGAGCCACCCAGUGCAGGCGUGAGUGAUCUGGGAGACUCCCAGAGCUGAUGUCAGUCUGCUUGCUGAUGGAUGGGAGGGAGAUGGGGGGGAGGGCCACCUGGCUGGGGCAUCAUGCCCAAAGAACCACACAUUAGAGUUUUGAUACUAUUUCUAAAAUGAAGUUAUGGAUGUGACCACUGUAUUUUUUUGUUUUAAUGCGAAAAGCAUCAGUUUAUCAUGU